UUUAUGUGCACGUGAGUCUUGCACGUGAUAUAGGCGUGGCAUGUGAACACGGGUGCAAUAAUGGCAGGACAUCAGGACUAUGCUGGCGGUGCUCAUUCAAGUACUCUUCAGUCGAGGAGUGCCGAUGUCAGUUCAUUUGCAUCUCAGUCCAAUCGACUGAAAUCUCUCGUGAAUGACAAGGAAUACGUGAGUUUGACUGCUGCUGUUGCUGAGAGAGAUAGGACAAUUAUCUCAUUGCAUGCUGAUGUGGAACGACAAGCUGAGAUGUUGAAGAAACACGACAAAAGCUCUGGAAACAGUCAGAGCAGUGCAUUUCUUAUGUUGACACGACAGUAUGAAGAGGAACGUGGAAAGAGUGUUAAUCUGAUAGAACAGCUCAGGCUGGCUAAUGGAGAAGUGAGUGUUUUAAGGAGUGAGGUGCAAAGAUUAGUGCAAGAAAACAGAACGCUCAUUAUCAAGCUGAGUGAAACAAGAUGGGAAGAGGCUGAGAUGUUGCAAACAACCAACGAGUUGACAGAAUCAAAUAGGAUACUUAAUGGCAAAUUGAAAGAUCGAGAAUGUCAAUUAAAGAGUAGGGAAGCUGCAUUAACUGAGGAGAGGAAUGCAGUAGCUGCAAUGGAGAUUGAUAAAAUGCGUUUGGCAGAACAAGUGAGGACUUUGCAGAGACAGCUCAACAGGCAGAACAUCAAUGAAAGCGCUAUUGAUCAAGAUAGGAAGGGCAAGACGAGCAAACAUACGGCAGCCCAACAGAAUGGCUACAUGGGAAACCAUUUCUUACCUGUUGACGCAAGUCUUUACAGUUUGGUGAAAGAAAGCUGUUUGAUGGGAUUUACACUACAAAAAGGAAGUGCAGGUCUUGGCUUCAGUCUAGUCACAGAACGACUUCCUGACUCGUUAGAUACAUGCAUUUCUGUACAGUCAGUCCGUUGUGGGAGUUCCGCUGAACAUCGUAUUGUCACAGGAGAUGAGAUUGUUGAGAUAGAUGGACAAUUUUGUCGUAACCUGCCACAGUCUGUUGUUGCUGCUUGUUUACGAUCCAAAAAGACACCUCUGCAAGUUGUAGUAAACAGAAAAAUUAACUCAUUCUUAGAGAAUACUGCACAAAGAAAACAGCAGUUGAAGAAACUAGAGAUGAAUCAGAACAAACUGGACAGCUUGUGA